ACAGCAGCUGUGUCAGUGUCCCCCCAACCACCUCUCCCAACCCCCGGGUGCAGGGAUCAUGGUGCUGCUGUCUGGGGACGGGACAGGUGCCGGGGAGUUGCGUGGCCCUGGGGGGAGGCAGAAGGGGGAGCAGCAGCAGGUCUGGCCCAACGCAGGGGGGGAGAAGGAGGCGCGGGGCCCGGAGGGAGAGCAGCAGGAGCAGGUGGUGGCAGCGGCGGAGGAGGAGGAGGACUAUGAGGAGUACGAGGAUUUCUCCGAGCUGCCCGACACCUGCAGCAUUGCCUCGGAUGAUUCCUUCUACCCACCUGGUGCCGAGGAGGACGAGGAGGAGAGCUGGUCCCUGGGGGAUUCGGACGUCAGCAGCCCCGAGCCACUGAGCCUCUUCCGAGCCUGCUGCACCAACAACGCCGUGGUGCUGAGAGCGCUGAUGCGCCAGGGGCCUGAGGAGGAGGAGGUGCGGGAGACUGAUCGCAACAACCGGACUGGCCUUAUUGUUGCCUGUUACCAAGGUUUUGUGGAUAUUGUAAUAGCCUUAGCACAGUGCCCUCAUGUUGAUGUAAACUGGCAGGACAAUGAAGGGAACACGGCUCUAAUUACAGCUGCGCAGGCAGGGCAUAUAACCAUUACAAACUACUUGUUGAACUAUUUUCCUGGUCUUGAUAUUGAGAAGAGGAAUGUAUUUGGAUUCACAGCACUGAUGAAAUCUGCAAUGCAAGGCCGAACUGAAUGUGUCAGAGCCUUAAUGUUGGCAGGGGCAGAUGUUCACGCGACUGACCCAAGCCGUGGAAUGACUUCACGGGAAUGGGCUUGUUACACAGGAAGAUCAGAAGCAGCCUUCCUCAUGCAGAGGCUGAUGGACAGGCCAUGCCCUGAGCAGUUCUGUGAUCAGUAUAAGUCAGAAUGGCCAAAGAUGAAGGAACUUCUUGCCAAGGCCACAGAACCAAAAAGCUGUUUGCAGAGGAUCUCAGAGGGUGUGAGGUCAGCAAUGUCAUUCAGGGCUUCCUGUGGCCCUGAAGAAGAUGGCGUCCUUGACCACAUGGUUAGGAUGACUACAAGUCUUAGCAGCCCCUUUAUUGCCAUAUCUUGCAGGACUGUGUGCCCAGGGAGCCCACCCUGUGUGGGGAAACGCACACUGGCUGUGCAGGAAAUCCUUAGGAAGCAGAGAGCCCAGGAAAUCCGAUCUCAGGACAGAGACCACAUUAGCAGCUAUGAGAAAUUAUUUCAGAACUCCAGAGUCAUGUUGGUCCCCAAAAAGAAGGACCGGCGGGCUAGUCUGCAGCCCCUCAGCCUCACAGUAGCUCACAUGAACACUGUGGUCACAAGGAAAGCAAGCCUCCUGCCACUGCACCUACUGAGAAGGAGCAGUGUGAGACCAGGAUUUGUCAUCCCCAAAGUCCGUGUCAACAAGGCUCCUCCACCCACCUACCAACCAGAGAAAGUGAGGAGGAAGAGCAGUGCCAAAGAUGGCACUUAUCUACAGAUUCCCAAAUGGAGAUACAAAGAGCUAAAGGAGGAGCGGAAGAAGGCAGAGGAACAAGAGAAGAGGAAAGCAGCAGAAGCUCAGAAACUGAGGCAGGGGUCUCCACAGAAAAACAGGACAUGACUCAAUGGUGGGGAUGAUGUCAGACAUGCCAUUGUUAACAGACUGUGCACAUCAAAGUAGGGGCAACUAAAUUGAAUGAUGGCCCUAUGGCACUGAAAUAGCACAUGGGCUAUCACUGUCUGUAUCUGGUGGAGUGAGGAAAUCUUGGGGUUGAAGUGUAAAAAAUUGUUUGUUUGCCCACUGGCAGAAAAUUGAGGUGGUGAUUUUUUCCCAAGAUUAACAGCUGAGAAACAGCCUUCACUGCAUAUAUGCAUGAAAGGGCCAUGUUUUGUGUUCAUUUUCUACUGGAUAAAAUUAAGGGCUUCAGCUUUUGAUACCAGUCGCUCUCCCUUCCCCUUCGGUAGGACCAUAUGAAUUGCAAUGCUUUGUAAUAAUAAUGAAAACCAUAAAGAGUUUAAGGUAUGCCACAAUCUUGGUACAGUAGGUGGAGGGUAAUGAAUCCAGGGCUAUAUGUAAUGCAGAUCUUUUUGAAUAUGGUAAAGCACUUUAUGAUUAACAUUUUAAUUCUGAAAACCAGAGUUUAAGACCUCGAAGGUAUCAAACGCUACACAUGUACUGUCUGAAUGAAUAUGAUUCUUAAUGCUAUUGGUUUUACUCUUUGAAGAUAAAAAAUAGCUGCAUAUCUAAUAUAUACACUGUGUCAACAACUGAGAUAAUCAGAUCCCCACUUGAUGUAAAUCAACCUGGCUCCAUAAACGUCAAAGGUGCUACACCCAUUUACACCAGCUGUGGAUUUGGCCCAAUUUUUUAAUGUCAUGGUCAACUUUAAGAUUUCCCUCCACCCUUACGGUUUUUCCUUUACUUGCUAUCGGCCUUCUUCUCUUUUGUCUCAGGGAAUGUGUUACUCCACUCUUGUAUCAUUGCAUUUACCUACAAAAUCAUCGGAUGAUUGAAGGUCCUUUUACUAAAUCUAAGUUUGCCCCUUGGGAAUGGUCCAGCAUACAGCCAGAAAGGACCAGAUGAACACUCAAAUAAUGAAAUUGUCUUCUCCUACCUUCAAGAAGUAGCUCAAGGAUAGUGAGUGCAGCAGUACUCUAUGAAAAAAAUCAAAAAGGUCAUAUGAAGCAGCUCAUUCACCAGCAUUUGGAAAUCCAGGAUACUCAUCCUAGUGAGGGUCUGAAAUAGUGCAACUUGGGUGCCAAAUGGGGAGUGCUUCGUCUACCAUCUCCAUCCCAGCCCUUGGAAAACCAUUUCUUAAUAUCAAAUUCACAACAGGAAUCACCCAAGCUGUUCUUAAACUGGCAGAUGAGGAGCAACGUGUCAGGUAUAUUGUUCCAUACCCUUCCUGGAUCCCAUAAAACUAAUAAAGUGUGCUGCAUAUGGUGGCUUUACCAGCAUCAAAGCCCUAUGACUUUCAGAGCAAUUCCCUAAGUCCCACACAUAAUCCUAGAUGUAAUGUUAGAACGUGAGUGGCAUAUAUGGCCACAGAAAUGCACCGUUCCUGUAUACACAUAGCCCUUUUGAAACUCAGAAUUUGCUUAAUUGGGCAAAGUUUCUUUCAGUCCAUAUUAAAGUUAUUUUAUUUGUAGCAAGAAGGUUGUGUAAAGGGCAUAGAAACCACUUGUAAGUUUAGGAAUUUUCUAUAGAUUUUUUUUUUAUAGCAAGUUAGCUGACAAACUUUGAUAAGGGCUCUAUGCUUGCUACUUGCAAUAGAAAGAUAAUGUUAAUAGUAAUAUUCAAAAGAAAACAGCAAGGCAUACAGUAAAUAAUGCAUCUAUGUUUUUAAAUUUCCUUCCAUUUCAAACACACUGUAUUGCUCUGUGUUACUCUGCAUUCAAGACUAGAUAGAACUUAAAUGAGAAUAUUACUGAAAAUGUUAAUGUAUUGGUAACCCCCCUUCACUAUACUCUACUGUACUCUCAAUUACAGCCUUCCCAAAUAAGGCUCAGUUCCCAAAGGCACUAAGAAUGUGACUCUCUCUAGAUAUUGCUUCACAUCUUGUCAACAGUAAUAUAUUGAACUAAGACAGGAAACAAGCUGUUGCUGCUCUCAGGUUUUCACAUUUAAGCAGCUUUAAGAGCUAGCAGUAUUUAAUAGGCCUCAGAGUCAAUCAGGGCAUUGCAGCUCUGCUGGUGGGACUCACUCCCCUAUUCUCCUGCAUCACACUCUCUGCCAUUUCUUUUGCAUCCAUUUGAGAGAACGGUUUCUAGAGAAGCUUUUUACACUUGGGGUCAGACAGACAUUUCUUAUUAACAUAGCCCCAAGCAGGCGGUAGGGGUACUGCAUCUCAGUAGGAGCUCUGUCUCAGGGCAGUCCAGUGCAAUCCCUUCUGCAGCUCCUGGGGAACCAAGCUGCUGUGUUGCUCCUUAGGAAGGUGCAGCAUGCAUGAUGCUUCACAGCAGCUGGUCUCACUGGCUGGUGCAGAGAGGUUGAGUCAUGGCCACAGCACAGUGGGACCCAUUGCCUCUGCUGUAGUGGAGAGCAUGCUUGGGGGUGCUCGAAGGGAGCAGUCCCUAAAUGCAGUUGUGGCUGACUCCUUCACAACAUGCAAAGAGGGGAAAGUUUGCCUGUGUCCUCCUCCUCCAUAGCACAUAGAAUGGCCACAAUCUGACCAGACUCUUAGUGAAACACUAAUGGCCAUGGACCAAAACCCAGCUCCUGGAAAGCUAGGGCUCACAUCAUGAAAGCGUCACAACUGCUGCUAAUUAAUCUCCUCUCAGCAGAGCCUGGGUGGACCUGUCAAGCAAUGUUUUUCUCUCUAGCUAGGCUUUUUGUAAGGUCACCCCUCAUCGUGGUGUCUAUAGUGAGUUUAAGUAUCAAAAGACAGAUUCAGUAUCCCAAAAGCAAUCAAUACUGCAAAACAAACACAUGAAUUUGCACUCUAACUCAUGAUAGAGUUAUAGCUGACAUACUUUCUCUCAGGGAUUAAUGUACAAUAGGUUACAAUUAAGGGCUGAAAAUGAAGCCCAUGUUCUAACCCUUUGUACUUUGCUGUGCAUGUCUGUAUAUGUAUGCUGAAUUAAAAGAAUUCAAAUCUGUUAAAAAAUAUGCACUUGUUUUUCAGAGAGGAAGGGGUUUUGCCUUUUGCUUCUAGAUCACCAAUAUGAGUUUAAACCAGGUCAGUAGGGAUGGUUAGUCAUUACCAUUUUGCCUAGAUGAAUGGUAUUAACCUGGGUGGUCUCAAUCCAAGUCCUAGUGGACAAGUGUUCCAAUGAGAAAAAAGUUAAUUGUAUUUGUUGCUAAUUUGCGCUCUUGCUGGCUGUCUCUUCAGAGGUGAGUGGUUGAAUGGGCAUUUAAAAUUCACUCGUGCUCAGAGAUGGUCCCACUAAAUCAUAUUUGAGGCCGAUGGGCUGAGUCAGUUGGAAAAGCUGGCAAUGUUGGCAUCUUUGCUGCAUAUCAUGUGACUGUUUUUUAUAUGUAUAAACUCCAAAUGGUUUCCACAAAACAUCAGUCACCUCAGGAAUACAGUGGCCAAAAAUUAAUCAGCCUCACAAAGAUAUGCUCUUAGUUCUGUCCUAACAACUGUACCCUGAUCCUGGAGAUUUCCAAAUGGAUCCUGCAGUUAGCCUCUAUCUUUGCGAGAUAAAAAGACAGAAUUUAGAUGCCUGUCUCUUACUUUGGUCAGUGUAAUACUGUUGUUUACUCCAGUGACUGCAGUGGAGUUACUCCCAGUUUACGCCAGGGCGAGCGGAGAAAGGCCCAUGAUUAGCUACCUGAUUUGAAAUCACAGCAGUGUUUUUGAUUGCCCUGUAAAUCUGCAUCCCCAGCUGCAUUUCAGCAGAAAUAGCUACAUUUUCAUUGUCUAAUGACUAAGGGCUUCAUUUUAUCUCACUCUGAGUGGUCUUUUACCCUUUGUUCUUAAUAAUUCAGUCGAUCCUUCUGGCAGCUUUCACUGGCAAGACUUCUAUGGUGCCCUGAUAGAAACUAAAGGUGCCUUUGCCAAAGGGAAUCACAAGGAAAGGAAGGCAACUGCCUGAAGUGAACCUUCCUAGGGUGCAGCAAAAUUUAUACCUCCCUAUGUCAGUCUGGGAGACUUUGGUGCGUUAAUGGAAGUUAUGCACACUUCUGAACCCAAUGGCUAAUAACAAAUUAUGGACUUCCAUUUCCAUAGCCUUUCCAUGCAUCAAUUAAUUAUCAUCUUUGAAAAUCACUGGAAGGAGCCCUUUCCAUCCUAGUGGUCAUUCACAGGGAAGUAUUGUUCCUGAUGUGGGGAUUUAUUGCAGCAGUGAGCAAUAGGAAUACAAAUAACUAUAACAGAAAGAGAAAUAACGUUGCCAGGCAUAACCAAAAUGUUCUCCGCUAAGCUCUGAAAUAAAGCCUGUGACCACUUGUCUUGGAUGUAGAGGUGUGGCCUGCACCCAUCAUAAACAUCAACUGGAGGCUGCUCAGAUAGAUAUGGAGCAUUGAUUGCAUGCUUCAGUCUCUUUGGGCCACAAUGCACUAGUCAGUUUCAUGUCAUGCAAAUAAAGUUUGGCCCUUGAGAGUCUGGGAAAUUGUUGCUGUCACCUGUGGUUCAAUGCCCUUGGCUAUGGAUGUCCUUAACAGCCCUGAAGUGGUAGUUCUGUCCCCUGAAAGGAGCCCCAAGCUCCAACACUUGCUAAGAGAAGAUACUUUGCAUAGAAAAGUGCUGGUACUUGGCCUAGCUGUGAUAAAGUUUUUGGGGGUUUUAUAUUUUAACAGGAAACUGCCGAGGAGCAUGAGUGCAACUUCGAGUCAGUAUUCGGUAGAGGUGCUCACAGAAGAUCGUUCAGAGAAAAAACCUUGGACUUACCAAUAUUUCUCUCACAAAAUACAAAUCUUACCUGAUAUAGUGGAGGCAGUAUGCCACAUAAAAUCAAUACUUGGGCUCUCUUUAUGAAAAAUCUAAUAUUAACUAUACGAAGGCAAAUAAAAAUGUACUACUUGUUUUGAACAGAGGAUAAAUUUGCUCCUGCAUUUGGGUACUAUCAAGAGAAUUUGACCUUAGACUGCUAUUUGCCAUAGAGCUUUGUAAAAACAAUUUGUGCUAUACUGAUCUUUGCAUAAGUCACUACAUAAGCACUUCUUUCUACCUCUAGUUAUAUUUAUAUAGACAUAGUUGUUUCUCUAGACUUAAUGGUUGUCUAAAAAUGGAAUUAAAUAAAAGUCGAGUCAUUCUUGUU